GCUCGGAUUCAUCGGGACCAUCGGCGAAGAUGACGAGGUGCCGGUGGAGCCCGAGUCGGACUCCGGGGACGACGAGGAGGAGCCUCCCAGGCGGCAGUCGUGGCUUUGGGCGGUGGGGAUGUAGUCUUGAGCGAGUGGCGAGAAAAGAAAACAAAACGACGUGCCUCGCCCACGCUGUCAUCUGCCUGCCUGACAUGGCCCUUCGGAUGGCCCACGGCCUCUGCGGUCGACUUCCGAGAAAGCAACAAACACUCUAAGGCUCCGCUCUUUGCCCCUGACGAUGGAGCGGUGAGGUCGUUUUUGACCGUUUGCCCUCCGACCAUCCGCACUAUUCUCCGUGCCGAGUCACACCUGGCUACCUGCAGCCCUCUCUUCUUUUGCAGUUUGGUCAAUGUCCCCUUCUAGUUCUCUCCUCACCUGGCAGCAGAGUGGGCUUCCCGUGACGCGGUCCCGUUGGACCUGCCCCUUCCUCCCAACCCUGCAGCUGCUUCCUCCCGUGGCUUUCAGAGGGCCCAUUGUGCUGGGCCACAAGCAGAAAGCCCUUCAGAAGAGCCGUAGUGCAGAUUUCAACCCUGACUUCAUUUUCACUGAGAAGGAGGGCAUGUAUGACGGCAGCUGGGCCCUGGCUGAUGUCAUGAGCCAGCUCAAGAAGAAGAGGGCAGCCACCACCCUAGACGAGAAGAUUGAGAAAGUACGGAAGAAAAGGAAAGCAGAGGAAAAGGAAGCCAAGUCUGGGAAGGUGGAGGAGAAAGAAGGCAGGGCGAGCAGUGACCCGAAGGGGCAGGAGGAUCUGGCAGGGAAUGAGGCAGACUCCAAGGAUGAAGACUCUGAGACCGACUACUCCUCUGGGGAUGAGGAGGUCCUCACCAAAGCAGACACACUCAAAGUGAAGGAGAAAAAGAAGAAGAAGAAGGGCCAGGAAGCAGGAGGAUUCUUUGAAGAUGCAUCUGAGUAUGACAAAAGCCUCACCUUCCAGGACAUGAAUCUGUCCCGGCCCCUCCUGAAGGCAAUUACAGCCAUGGGCUUCAAGCAGCCGACCCCGAUCCAGAAGGCGUGUAUCCCUGUGGGUCUGCUGGGAAAAGACAUCUGUGCCUGUGCAGCCACCGGGACAGGGAAAACUGCAGCCUUUGCAUUGCCUGUCUUGGAGCGUCUGAUCUACAAGCCCCGCCAGGCUGCGGUCACUCGAGUGCUGGUGCUAGUCCCUACCAGAGAGCUGGGCAUCCAGGUACACUCUGUCACCAAGCAGCUGGCCCAGUUCUGCAGCAUCACUACCUGCCUGGCUGUGGGUGGCCUGGAUGUGAAGUCUCAGGAAGCUGCUCUCCGGGCAGCACCAGACAUCCUCAUUGCCACACCUGGCCGGCUCAUCGACCACCUUCACAACUGCCCUUCCUUUCACCUGAGCAGCAUUGAGGUGCUCAUCCUGGAUGAGGCUGACAGAAUGCUGGAUGAAUAUUUUGAGGAGCAGAUGAAGGAGAUCAUUCGAAUGUGUUCCCACCACCGCCAGACCAUGCUCUUCUCAGCCACCAUGACAGAUGAGGUGAAAGAUCUGGCUUCGGUCUCCUUAAAGAACCCUGUGCGGAUAUUUGUGAACAGCAACACAGAUGUAGCUCCCUUUCUUCGGCAAGAGUUCAUACGGAUCCGGCCUAACAGGGAAGGGGACCGGGAAGCCAUUGUGGCAGCUCUACUGAUGAGAACGUUCACCGACCAUGUGAUGCUCUUCACCCAGACUAAGAAGCAGGCCCACCGCAUGCACAUUCUUCUGGGGCUGCUGGGGCUGCAGGUGGGCGAGCUCCACGGCAACUUGUCACAGACACAGCGACUGGAGGCCCUCCGGCGCUUUAAGGAUGAACAGAUUGACAUCCUGGUGGCCACAGACGUUGCCGCCCGUGGGCUUGACAUCGAAGGUGUGAAAACAGUGAUCAACUUCACCAUGCCCAACACUGUCAAACACUAUGUGCACCGGGUGGGGCGAACUGCACGCGCUGGCAGGGCUGGACGCUCUGUCUCUCUGGUGGGAGAAGAGGAACGGAAGAUGCUGAAGGAGAUUGUGAAGGCUGCCAAGGCUCCAGUGAAGGCACGGCUCAUCCCCCAAGAUGUUAUCCUCAAAUUCCGGGACAAGAUUGAGAAAAUGGAGAAGGAUGUGUAUGCGGUGCUGCAGCUGGAGGCAGAGGAGAAAGAGAUGCAGCAUUCAGAGGCCCAGAUAGACACAGCAAAGCGGCUCUUGGAGAAGGGGAAGGAGAAGGCAGACCAGGAGCCUGAGAGGAGCUGGUUCCAGACCAAAGAAGAGAGGAAGAAGGAGAAGAUUGCCAAGGCUCUGCAGGAGUUUGACUUGGCCUUAAGAGGAAAGAAGAAAAGAAAGAAGUUUAUGAAGGAUGCCAAGAAAAAGGGAGAGAUGACGCCAGAGGAGAGGUCCCAGUUUGAAAUCCUCAAGGCACAGAUGUUUGCAGAGCGGCUGGCCAAGAGGAACCGCAGAACCAAGCGAGCACGGGCAAUGCCUGAGGAAGAGCCUGCAGCAGGUCCUGCCAAGAAGCAAAAACAGCAGAAGAAGUCUGUGUUUGAUGAAGAACUCACCAACACGAGCAAGAAAGCCCUGAAACAGUAUCGAGCUGGCCCUUCUUUUGAAGAGAGGAAACAGUUAGGUCUGUCUCGCCAGAGAAGAGGGAACUUCAAAUCUAAGUCCAGGUAUAAGAGAAAGAAGUAACCCAGUGGCAUGAAGAAGUUGGUGGGACAAUUUUAUAUCCCUUCCCUGUGGGAAGUCAUCUUGUCUUGGUCUGUUUUUUUUUUCCAUUUGUAAAACAAUAACAACAAAAUCUCUUGAACAAGC